CAUUCUCCAAAAGAUUAUUUUUCCUUUCUUAAAAUCUUUCCUAAACAAGCUCUUAGUCUAGAAUUGUUUACUUACCAAAGAACUGUUACAUUGGAUACAUAAGUUCUUUAUUUUUAUGAUGACAUUCAUUAUAAGGACAUGCUAUUCUAUUUCUGCAUCAGUUUCUUGGGUAAGAAAGAGUCUGAGUUCUUUAUUUAUGUAGAGACGGUUAUCUGGUUGAAUAUGUUUCAAACCUAUUCUGCUUUAUCUGAGCAUUUUACUUGAAGUUCCAUCUGCACUUUGAAUGAAGUAGAGGUUUGGUGGGUGUUCUCUAGCUGUUCUGCAAUUAUUAAUAAUUUGUCAGCGACUUAUUAUGUUUUCCAAGUACUAUUUACAUGCCCUCACAUUUUGGUAGCAAAAGCCGGAGGUAGUGAGCAGGCUUUUGCUUGGCAUCUAGUGUCAAUGUUUUGUAUACUAAUUUUCCAUUUCCCCUUUAUCUAUUUUUGUGUUCAUUUAUUCCUAGUUUUGUCCAUUAUCUUAAUUGCUCCUGCAAUUGGCAGAGUCCAGAUGAGAUCAUUGACAAGUCGCUUCAAAGUUGUGACUGCUCAAAUGCUUGUGAGGAUUUUGUUAGUUUGGUGCAGGCAUGGUUAAGCAAAUUAAAGUGGUCACAUUUAUUAGGUGGAAUAUUUGGAGAAACGAAUCAAAGUGAGUUAGCUGCUUUCAUCUCAUAUGCACUUGCCUUUCCGAACACCUUUUUGGCCCUUGUAGACACAUAUGAUGUCAUGAGAAGUGGUAUUCCUAAUUUUUGUGCAGUUGCUCUGGCUCUAAAUGAAUUAGGGUACAAAGCAGUAGGAAUUAGAUUAGACUCUGGUGAUCUUGCCUAUCUUUCAUGCGAGGCCCGAAAAUUCUUUCAGGCUAUUGAGAAGGAAUUCAUAGUGCCUGACUUUGGGAACAUGAACAUCACAGCUAGUAAUGACCUCAAUGAAGAAACAAUAGAUGCUUUAAACAAACAGGGUCAUGAAGUUGAUGCAUUUGGAAUCGGAACUCAUUUGGUUACAUGCUAUGCUCAACCUGCUCUUGGUGUUGUUUUUAAGUUAGUCGAGAUAAAUAAUCAACCUCGCAUCAAACUUUCUGAAGAUGUUACAAAGGUCUCCAUUCCAUGUAAAAAAAGGUGUUACAGAUUAUAUGGAAAAGAAGGUUACCCUCUUGUAGACAUAAUGACAGGAGAAAAUGAACCACCUCCAAAGGUAGGGGAACGAAUCUUGUGUCGCCAUCCAUUUAAUGAAUCAAAGAGGGCAUAUGUGGUGCCACAGUGUGUCGAGGAACUUCUGAAAUGUUAUUGGCCUGGUAGAUCAGGAAAAGACAGAGAAGAGUUGCCAUCCAUUAAACUCAUCAGAGAACGCUGUAUUAAACAACUGGGACAGAUGCGGCCUGAUCACAUGAGAAGGUUGAACCCAACACCUUACAAGGUUAGUGUGAGUGCAAAGUUGUACGACUUCAUUCAUUUCUUGUGGCUCAAUGAAGCACCUGUAGGAGAGUUGCAGUGAGAAUGCUUAAUAAUAUCAGAGAAGUCGAUGAAGCCCAAUUAAAGAGUAGGGAAUUUACAUAUUUUGUUUCUAUAAUUGGGUCAAGGUUGAGGAUAAGUGCUCGUUCUUGUUUCCUUUGGAGUUCCCAUUCAAAUAAAUUAUAUAAAUACAUAAAAGGUUGGUUUUUAUCUUUUACUUUUUGAUCAGUGCCUCAUUUUGUCUGUUGUAUUAGGUCUGUGUAUAGGAGCCAUUUACUAUUUCUAAAGUAAUGGUAAUUCCUUCGCACUUUCUAGUUUGGGU